AUGAAUUCCCACCAACCCCCCACCCCACCCCCCUCUCUACCCCACACCCCUAUCUACCCAACACCCCUACCCCCUCCCUACCCAACACCUCUACCCAACACCCCUACCCCCUCUCUACCCAAAACCCCUACUCCCUCCCUACCCAACACCCCUACCCCCUCCCUACCCAAAACCCCUACUCCCUCCCUACCCAACACCCCUACCCUCUCUACCCAACACCCCUACCUACCCUACACCCCUACCCUCUCUACCCAACACCCCUACCCCUCUCUACCAACACCCCUACCCCCUCCCUACCCAACAUCCCUACCCUCUCUACCCAAAACCCCUACUCCCUCCCUACCCAACACCCCUACCCCCUCCCUACCCAAAACCCCUACUCCCUCCCUACCCAACACCCCUACCCUCUCUACCCAACAUCCCUCCCUACCCAACACCCCUACCCUCUCUACCCAACACCCCUACCUACCCUACACCCCUACCAACUGUACCCACACCCCUACCCCCUCUCUACCCAACACACCUACCCCUUUUCUACCCAAAACCCUACUCCCUCCCUACCCAACACCCCUACCCUCUCUACCCGACACCCCUACCUACCCUUCACCCCUACCCUCUGUACCCAACACCCCUACCCCCUCUCUACCCAACACCCCUACCCCCUCUGCCCAACACCCCUAUUCCCCUCUGUACCAUUCGCCACACCCCUACCCCCUAUACCCCACCCCCCUACCCACCCUCUGUGACUCCCCAGCCUCAUCCUCAUGA